GCUGCUGCUGCUGCUGCUAGUGGUGGUGGUGGUGGUGUUGUAAGCACAGCACAGCGCGGAGGCAUAACGUGACGCACGGGGACCCGCGUCUCACAUGGAUUACUCAAUUAAGAAAUUGUGAACUGCAACUCUGCGAGGGCGACACAGUCAGCAGGCGCGCAGGGGACCUGCCUUGAAGAACGUCUUUGUAACACAGACACAGGAGAAAAGAAAAAAAAAAAAAAAGUUAACAGGAUUUGAUGAAGAUUUAUUUUCCCGUCCUGCCUAAUUCAUUCAUCCAGGAGCCAGCUGAUGUUACUCUGAGUGGAAGCACAUGGAUUGAGACCUUGACGAUGUGAACAUGUUGGAUAAAAUUCGCCGUGGCUGCUUUUAAUAUUCCGACAGCUGAAGUAAAUCACUGAGGCGAGAGAAAAACACACCGAGAGAGAAAAGGACACGCGUGAGAGAGCUUACCAUGCACUGACAACAAGGAAUGGAAAGCAUCAGCGUGGACACAGACUGGGAUGGGUUAGGCCUCUCCGCCCUGGGAGCCGUCAGAAGAAACAACUACUCCACAUCGCUCCUCUCCGAACUGAGCUCGUUCAACACUUCCCACAGCGAUGGAUCCUUCUUCGGGAUCUUCCCUGAGAACGGCUCGGCCACCACGCCUCACCAACCGCCCCAGCCCCGGGUUAGGGACCUCGGCCUGGCCCGGGCUGAGAUCGCGGUGCUUGCGGUGGUGCUGGCUCUCACCACCCUGGGCAACAGCUUUGUGUUGUGGGUGCUGCUGAGGAGGAGGAAGCACAACGCGCCGAUGCACGUGUUCAUGGUCAACCUGUGUGUGGCUGACCUGGUGGUGGCCCUCUUUCAGGUUCUUCCCCAACUAAUAUGGGACAUAACGGAGAGGUUUCAGGGACCAGACUUCCUCUGCCGUUCCAUCAAGUACUUGCAGAUCGUGGGCAUGUUUGCUUCCUCCUACAUGAUCGUUGCUAUGACAGUAGACCGGCACCAUGCCAUCUGCUGCCCGUUGCAAGCUUACCGUGGGGGAGCAGUGUCCCGCUGUAACACCCCUGUGAUGGUGGCCUGGGUCCUUGCCUUCGUCCUCAGCAUACCGCAGGUGUUCAUCUUCUCUCGCACGGAGGUGGCUCCUGGAGAAUUCGAGUGCUGGGGUCGCUUUGCUGAGCCGUGGGGGCUGAAGGCCUACGUCACAUGGAUGACUGUGGCUGUCUUCCUCCUGCCCGCCCUCAUCAUUACCAUCUGCCAGAUAAGAAUCUUUCGCGAGAUCCACAACAACAUCUACCUGAAGUCAGAGAGGAUAGUGAUGACGGAGCUGAAGAAGAGUGAAAUCCUCUUUCGCUUCCACACCUUUAAAAAGGAUGAUGAGCGGGCCAGGGAGCGGGCCAGACGGGGCUCGGCUGCUGGGGCCAGGGACAGGAGAGGAUCGCAGCUUUUAAAAGGUGCAAAUAACAACCCUCCCAAUGCCACCCAUAACAGCCAAGUGGGAGAGUGCUACGACUAUGUACCAUCUGCCAUUCAGUAUAACAGUUGCCGAGGCGAGCAUGUGACGGCAACAGCAACAACGUCACCAACACAGCAACAAACGAACAGCUCGGAUUGCCAGGAGUCCAACACCAACUCGCCUCGCUGCUCCCUCGAUUAUGUUCCCCCUCCUCCCCCAGUCGCUCCCCCUCCGAGCAUCACCAAAGCCAUGUCCAAGACUGUGAGGAUGACCCUGGUCAUCGUGCUGGUCUAUACUAUCUGCUGGUCACCAUACUUCAUCGUACAACUGUGGGCAGCGUGGGACCCAAACCCUCCAGACAAAGCACAGGGCGUGGCCUUCACCAUCUUGAUGCUGCUGGCCAGCCUGAACUCCUGCACCAACCCGUGGAUCUACACGGCUUUCUCCAGCAGCGUGUCCAGGGAGCUGCAGAACCUGCUGCACUGUCGGUCGCGACCCGGCCGCCGGGGCUCGCUGCCCGACGACUCCACCACCACGCACACCUCCACCACCAAGGACAGCCUGUACUGACGGGAGGCCGAUGACGGGACAGAUGUGGACACACGGAGGCGUGCCUGAAAAGAUCCGCGCGGGCGCCCUCUCCCUCCGGAGGGGCGCGCUCUUGCGCACGCCGCCUCCAGCAUCCUGAGAACUGACAGCGCCGCCGACCUCCACCAGAUGUUUCCAGUGACAAGGACAGCUGUACUGUAAUCACCUGUCCUCUCCGCGCCAGCAGGGAGGAAGGGUGUCAUUGAAGGUGUCAGCGCCACACACAGUCAGGCCUUUCAGUGCAUCUGCAAUGCAAAAUGUCCUUAAAAGCAAAGGGACGCCGCUGAGUAGGACCUUGUGCAGUGGUUCGUAUUAACGGGACAGACAGAGCGGAGCGCCAGGAACGCAAGGGAGCGGAUUCCUGCGUUAAAGGCCUUGUGGCGUGCUUAAUGUACAAAGAGAGAGAAAACGCGCACAGGCAGCACGAGGGCGGGAGGCUGCUGUCGGGCCGAAGCAGACAGGAGACGUCAUGGAUGUUACCGCCACAGGAGUGGUCCCAAGGAGGCUGUACAUGAAAUCUAAUAAUGUGAACAAACUUUGUUAUAUCAAAGAAAGUGGAUUAGAGGCAGAUGCUUUGGGCUGACUUUGUAUUUUCUCAGAAGGAAUUCAGUUCCGAGGAAUAACAGUGAUCCGCUUGCGAGAUUGACAGGAGUUCAUUCACGAAGUGUGACGCGGCAGGCACUGGAACAGGAACUGGAAAACUGUGGACAGUCAGAAAAAAGACACACACUCACGCGGAGAAGUGAGGGCUGGCUCUAGAAUAAUACAAAUGAACAAAUCUGGGUUUCCACAUCUAACUGGGACACAACUGCGUGAUUGUAUUUCGUACAGGGAAAAAAAAACAAACGAGGAGGUACGCGAAAUCCCGUCAUGCUCCCUUUGACACGGGAAGGAAAAUCAACGACAAACAUUCCUUCCAUGUACAGCAACGAACAAUGUAAAGUAUAUUUAUUGUAAGGCACAUUAAAUAUUAUUAAAUUUUUGUGUAAGCUAAACGUUGAAUGUAUACCGUCAACUGUAACGGUCCAAGGCUGAAAACAAGGAGACGCCAAAACCAAAGAUUCUACGACGCCUGACUUUAGAAUAGAGGUCUUAACAGUAGAGACAACCCGCAGCUCCAGCAGACGCACUCAGUGCAAAGAGAAACUACCACAAGUCAUUUAAACCAGGAAAAUAACUUCACGUCAACAGCGAAAAUACUCCAAGUCAAAGCCAAGUGCCUGUAAUGUCAGCAGACAUUUUUAGAGGGGCCUCUCUCACUGCAUUAAUCUUCAAAUGAUGUCUGUCAUGUUAUUCUUAGACAGAGCUACCAUCAGGGGGUUAGUCGUCAUAUCACACCACGAGCCAUGUGUUCUUUAUUCUUUUUAUUUAUUGUUGUAUCAAUGAAAAUAUAUACAAAUAUAUGUUUCAGUCCCUGU